AUGGACGUAAUUCAAGUUCAACUGAUUAAACUUGUAAUGCGGAUCAAUACCGAUACUGUUGCACCUACACCAUCAAGAAAUGUACAUAAAGAAGAUCAACGAUUACAUAAUCUAUUGUAUCGCAAAUCGAAACUGGAAAGUGUCAAUGAAACCUCUGCCUUACUCAGUGGCUUUGCUAUCGUCGCCAUUGUGGAAUUAUCAUUAGAUUCAUAUAUUGAACACAAAUCAGGUGAUGCUUUGAUUAUAUGUUAUGCGAUUGUUUCAUGUUUAUUGGUUGGAAUUCAUCUACUUGCUCUCUUGAUGUCUAUGUGUAUUUUACCAGAAUUGAAAAGUGUCAUUCGACAAAGUGAUGUUUGGAUGAACAAUGAAAAUACGAAACCGUUAUCAUCUUUGAAUAUUUAUAUUGAAAUCGCGUGGGUUGUCUCAACGGGUUUGGGUUUGUUUUUAUUUAUCAUUGAAUUGUGUCUUAUUUUUUGGAUCAAAGUAAGCGGAUUUUCUCAAACGGCUGCGAUAGCUGCGUUAGUUACGCUUUGUCUCGUUGGUUGUCCAUUUAUUCUAUUCGCUGUGGGCUUUUAUUUUCGUGUAGCAAGAGCAAAAGUUCAUUUACAUCAAACAGAUUUAGAAACAAUCGAACGUGGUGCGAUUGCACGUGGUAUUUUCACAAGCAAUGUUACGAAUCCAACGAUAACAACUAUAGAAAUUAAUCGUUGA